AUGGAGGAGACCCACAUCUCGUGCCUGUUCCCCGAGCUCCUGGCCAUGAUCUUCAGCUACCUGGACGUGCGUGACAAAGGCCGGGCGGCUCAGGUGUGCGGCGCCUGGCGGGACGCGGCCUAUCACAAGUCUGUGUGGCGGGGCACCGAGGCCAAGCUGCACCUCCGCCGGGCCAACCCGUCACUCUUCCCCAGCCUGCAGGCCCGCGGAAUCCGCCGGGUGCAGAUCCUCAGCCUGCGCCGCUCGCUCAGCUACGUCAUCCAGGGCCUGCCGGACAUUGAGAGCCUGAACCUGAGCGGCUGCUACAACCUGACCGACAACGGCCUGGGCCACGCCUUCGUGCAGGAGAUCGGCUCCCUGCGCUGCCUCAACCUCAGCCUGUGCAAGCAGAUCACUGACAGCAGCUUGGGCCGCAUCGCCCAGUACCUGAAGCGGCUGGAGGUGCUGGAGUUGGGGGGCUGCUCGAACAUCACCAACACCGGCCUGCUACUCAUUGCCUGGGGGCUGCACGGCCUGAAAAGCCUCAACCUGCGCAGCUGUCGUCAUGUUUCCGAUGUGGGGAUCGGCCACCUGGCUGGCAUGACCCGCAGCGCCGCCGAGGGCUGCCUGGGUCUGGAGCAGCUCACCCUGCAAGACUGCCAGAAGCUCACCGACCUGGCCCUCAAGCACAUCUCCCGGGGUCUCCAGGGCCUGCGCGUGCUCAACCUCAGCUUCUGUGGCGGUAUCUCUGAUGCUGGGCUCCUGCACCUCUCCCACAUGGGUGGCCUGCGUAGCCUCAACCUGCGCAGUUGCGACAACAUCAGUGACACGGGCAUCAUGCACCUGGCCAUGGGCAGCCUGCGACUCUCGGGUCUGGAUGUCUCGUUCUGCGACAAGGUGGGCGACCAGAGCCUAGCCUACAUCGCCCAGGGCCUGUACGGGCUCAAGUCACUGUCGCUGUGCUCCUGCCACAUCAGCGACGAUGGCAUUAACCGCAUGGUGCGUCAGAUGCACAGUCUGAGGACCCUCAACAUCGGCCAGUGCGUGCGCAUCACAGACAAGGGACUGGAGCUCAUCGCCGAGCACCUGAGCCAGCUGACCGGCAUCGACUUGUACGGCUGCACCCGCAUCACCAAGAAGGGGCUGGAGAGGAUCACGCAAUUGCCCUGCCUCAAAGUGCUCAACCUGGGGCUCUGGCAGAUGACUGAGAGUGAGAAGGUCAGGUGA